AUGCUCAUUGGUAUUUGCGGAAGCAUCUGCUCUGGCAAGAAGACGGUGGCGCAGUAUCUUGUCGACCACCAUGGCUUCAGGCGUCUUUAUCUCCGCGACGAUGCAAAGGAGGUGAAUGGCGCCCGGGAGAACCCAAUUGAGGAUGCCGCCGCUCCUGCCACCGACUCCAGCUCGGCGGCCGCCCAGGGCGGCGACUCGUCCCGCUCGCUCGCCAUGCGAGGCCGGCCUGACAGCCACACGUUCGACACGGCCGAGGCGCUCCUGGACUUUGUCACGGUCAGCUGGCGCAGCCGGUUCGUGACGACGGACAUCCCAACGGAGAAGGUGCUCGACGUGUUCCUGCGGCGGCCCUUCUUCAUGCUCAUCUCGACUGACGCGCCGCUCCUCGCGCGCUGGCGCCGGCACACCGCGCGCGCCGAGUCCUCCUCCCCCUCCUCCCUCACCGGCGGCGCGCGUUCGGCGCUCUCCCUCGAAGACUUUGCCGCCGCGAGCGAUGCGCACCUGUACUGCCCGUCGCGAGGCCUGCAGCCGCUCAUCUCGCGCGCCACGGUGCGGCUCCUCAACACCUCCCCUUCGCUGGCGCACCUGUACGCGACGCUGGGCAAGCUGGACGUGCCGAACCCGGAGCGGCUGCGGCCCGGGUGGGACGCGUACUUCAUGUCGCUGGCGGCGCUGGCGGCGCGGCGGUCCAACUGCAUGAAGCGGCGGGUCGGGUGCGUGCUGGUCGGCGCGGGCCGGCGCGUGGUGUCGACGGGGUACAACGGCACGCCGCGUGGGCUGCGCAACUGCGCGGACGGCGGGUGCCCCCGGUGCAACGGCGGCGGGUGCGCGUCGGGCGUCGGCCUGGCGACGUGCCUGUGCCUGCACGCGGAGGAGAACGCGCUGCUCGAGGCGGGACGCGAGCGCAUCCGGCCGGGCGCGGUGCUGUACUGUGACACCUGCCCGUGCCUGACGUGCAGCAUCAAGAUCUGCCAGGUGGGCAUCGACGAGGUAGUGUACGCGCGGGGGUACAGCAUGGACGCGGAGGCGGCGGCGGUGUUUCGCGAGGCGGGCGUCAAGUUGAGGCAGUUUACACCGCCUCCUAACGGAUCGAUUCAUCUUGAGAAGAUGGACAUGUUUUAA